GCGAAUGAUAACACAUAACACACGGCAAAUGUUCUUAACGAAACUAACUACGUGUCGCUGGCGGACUGGCGUUGCUAUUUUGUAAUAAAACACAACAUUCAACAUUUAUCUCCCCUACUUAUUGGACGGGUAUGAUUAAGGUCAUGAGUACAAAUGUAUGUUGAAAAUAAAAUUGUUUUAAAUCUUUUUUUGUGAGAGUGGUUAAAACUUUUUUCCCAUACAAACAAUAUAUUAAAUAAAUAAAUGAACAAAUUACGUGGCUAAUUUGUGAUAUACAAGAAAAUGGAUACACUCAGUGCUUAUAUACCAGAUAUUGUGUCUCUAGAGAAUAUACAAGGUGCAGUUGGUUAUUUGUUUUUAGCGUCUAUUCUUCGUCUGUUCAGUUUAAAAAGUAAUUUGGGUUCCAAACAGGAUUAUCCCGAAGAUUAUGGACCAAAACUGCAAGACGGAGACGAGUUUGAUUUUAUAGUAAUAGGAGCAGGAUCAGCGGGGUCUGUAGUUGCGAAUAAACUAAGUGAAAAUACCGAUUGGCGAGUGUUAGUGUUGGAGGCCGGAGGAUACCCUUCCGUUCUUAGUGACAUACCAGCAUUUCUGUUCAGUUUGCAAGGCAGCGACGAAGACUGCCGUAUAAAACCGAACCUUCGGAAACAUCAUGUUUGGCUUACAAAGAUGGGCAAUGUCGUUGGCCAAGAGGGAAAAGUAUUGGGAGGUACCAGCACUAUUAACGCGAUGUUGUAUAUGAGAGGAGAUAAACGAGACUACGAUCAUUGGGCGGAACUUGGCAACAUUGGAUGGGAUUGGAAUAGCGUACUGGAACAUUACAAACAGUUGGAAAAUAUGCAGUAUUUGCAUGCUAGUGAUCAGUAUGGAAGAGAUGGACUGUUAAAGUUAACCAAGUAUGAUUCAGGUCAUCCUAUCACGCAAGCCAUUACCGAGGCUAACGAACUUUUGGGAUAUCCCGUCCUUGCCGAAGAAAAUCCUGAUCGCCCUUUAGGUAGUAUAGUAGGAUCGAUGACUAUAUCAGAAGGUGCCAGAGAAAACUCAGCCAAAGCAUUUUUAGGUAGGAUUAAAGACAGAGCAAAUUUAUACUCUGCCCUUCACUCUUAUGUCCAAAAAAUAGUGAUCGAUCCAGAAACAAAAUCAGCGAAAGCUGUUGAAGUUAAAAUAGGCAAGAAACUAGUUACUUUGAAAGCUAAAAAAGAAAUUAUUCUCUCAGCGGGUGCCAUUAACUCACCCCAAGUUUUAAUGUUGUCUGGAUUGGGGCCUAAAAAACACCUCCAAGAAUUAGGAAUACCCCUUAUCAAGAAUUUACCGGUUGGACAUAAUUUGGAAGACCAUGUGGUACAUACAGGAUUUGACGUCAGCCUAAAAUUAGAGUCUCUUCUAACAAACAAUAAGCUGGAAACGAUAUACAAAUAUUUUAGGUACAACGAAGGAGAACUAGCUACCAUUAGUAUGACGAACUUGUUAAACUUCAUAAAUACCAAGAACGAUUCCUCAUAUCCAAAUAUUUGUUACCAUUAUUUAUUUUGCCCACCUUCUGAUCCUUAUUUACUUCCUGAACUUGCUAGAGCUUCUGGUCUUACAGAUGAAAUUUUCUUGAGUAAAAACGAUGCCGCCUAUAGUAGACCGUUUCUUUCUUUCUAUUCAACACUUUUGAAUCCCAAAAUCUAAAGGAAGAAUUCUUCUCAGAAGUAAAGAUCCAGAAGAGAAUCCACUCAUUUAUGCUGGGUAUUUAACAGAUCAGAACAACGAAGAUAUUGAAGUAAUGUUAGAGAGUAUAAGAUACGUUGAAAAAUUGAUCGACACACCACCCUUUAAACAAUACGACGCCCAACUGGUAAAACUAAACCUCCCGAAUUGCGACAAAUACGAAUACCGAUCAGACGACUACUGGAAAUGCUCAAUAAGACAUUUGUCCUCAACGAUAUAUCAUCCAGUUGGUACGUGCAAAAUGGCUCCCACCGAUGAUGGUUAUUCAGUGGUAGAUUCUCGACUUCGAGUGCAUGGUAUAAAAAAAUUAAGAGUGGCAGAUGCUAGCAUUAUGCCGAAAAUAGUUAGUGCCAAUACUAAUGCACCGUCUAUGAUGAUUGGGCAUAAAGCGGUUGUGAUGAUAAUGGAAGAGUGGAAAAAUAAACACGAGGAACUGUAGGAAAAUUUUGUGUAAAUAAAUUGUUUUUAUUA